AACAGGCUGCAGGGAAAGUGCAGCACAGGGGUGAGACGGACUUGACUCGGGGGCGAACAGCAGAGACGCCCACACAGACUGGAGGACACCGCGCUAUAAAAAUGUGAGUCAGUAUUUCAGCGUCAGUGGGGAUCCUUUAAAAGCCACAAUGAAAUAGACAGGAGCGUUAAGCAAUGGAAAAAACUCCGCGACGGACAUCGCUGCAGUGGAGUUUGUCGAAAGGAAACAUGACUUCUAAUGAAAACAGAUCUUUUCUUCUGUUUCUGGAUUUCUUUGGAUUAUCCUUAUGAAUCACAAAGAUAAACCAGCUGGACUUAUAAGAUAUCUAAACAACUGUCGAGUGCCUCGCCUAAAUAUGGACCUCACAACUUUCAGAGUUCAGAGAUGUUAGCUUUGAGCCACUACAACUCCUCAGCCUCCCUGCUUCUCCCUCAUGUGGCUAAUGACAGUGGAGGGAAGGUGGAGGUCAGGGCUGCUGUUGAAGGGCUGUCACAUCAUGAAAACCUCACCUUUGAGGAGCCUACCGCUGGUGGAGCCUUCAUUGUCAUAUUGUCCAUGACGCUGGGCAUCAUCUCCAACAUUGUGGCCCUCUUCAUCCUGGUUAAUGCUUACUCCCUUCAGCGCCGGCGCUCCAAAGCUACAUUCCUUCUGUUUGCCACGUCACUGGUGAUUACAGACUCUAUUGGCCAUGUGAUUCCUGGUGCCCUGGUUCUCCGACUCUACCUCUCUGGAGCUGCAAGGCCUCAGUUUGUCAACUCCUCUGAUGGGAUGUGCCAGUUCCUCGGUGGCAGCAUGGUGUUCUUCGGACUAUGCCCUCUCUUCAUGGGCUGUGCCAUGGCUGCCGAGCGCUGCCUGGGUGUUACUAAACCACUGCUGCACUCAUCUUUGGUCACAAAAACACGUGCAAAAAUUUGUCUUUCUGUCAUCUGGCUGGCAGCCUUAAGUGUGGCGUUGCUACCCUGCUUUCAGCUGGGUUCCUACACCUAUCAAGAACCAGGGACCUGGUGUUUCAUCAAAGUGCUCAGUGACACUAAGGAGGUGGAUGUGGCAUUUGUAGUAUUGUUCUCUGGACUUGGGCUGACCUCGCUAGCUGUGGCGCUGGUUUGUAACACCAUCAGUGGACUGACACUGGUCCUCGCCCGGCUCAGGAGGCAGCCUGGCUCCCAUCACUCAGCCAAGUCCCACGACAUAGAGAUGGUGGUGCAGCUGGUUGGAAUAAUGGUCACCUCAUGUAUCUGUUGGAGCCCUCUGCUGAUCUUUGGCCUGAUGUCCGCAAUUCACUCCUACACGGGAACCAUUGGACACAGCUUGUCAUACUAUGAAACCCUGAUGGUGAUGGGAGUGAGGCUGGCCACGUGGAACCAGAUCCUCGACCCCUGGGUCUACAUCCUGUUGCGCCGCACCGUACUCCGCAAAAUCUACCUCAUCGCUAAGUGCCAGGCAGGCCUGAGGGGUACUAUUUUGGGCCGUUGGGAGCCGUCCUCUUUUCCUAGCUCAGAGAAGAAUGAUGUAGAUCAAGUCUGAUCUGAGAGAAAGGCUGACAUAGUAAUUUGUGGAUAUAUUUUGUUACCAGGUCAGUGAGCAUAUGAAGAACUCAGCAAAGAUCUUUAUAAAGAAAGGCCAGCAGAAGAGCAGGAUGUUUGAAAACACCUCCGUGGCUUUUAAACCUUCUUUAAAAAAAAAGUGCUUCUUGGAUUUAAUCAUCAUUUCUCUUUCUCACACCAUCAAAGUUUACCCUGAGUUCAUGGUCUUGACCUUAUAAAUGAAAGCUAGCUAAUGCUAUGAUUUUGCACAAAAUAUACACUUUUCUACUGUUUACCUGCAUUGAGUGAACAUUCCUUGUUAUUAUACUUUCAUAAGGAAACUCAAAGAGAACGAUUUAGGCCACAUACGGCUACAGUACUAACCACGCUUUGUCCGGAGAAGCUCAAAGUUUUGCAGGAGUGCCACUUAUACAGGGACUACAUACAGUAUUGCAUUGAUUUAUUUGUACUCAGUUCUAUCUGCUUUUAAAGACAUGAAUUGCACAGUUGGCAUGCCUUUAUUGUAUGGUUGCAAAAGGUUGCAAAAGAAAUCAGUUGUACUGGUUUUAACAAUCAGAGGGAGCACCGUACUAAACCCAGAAGUAUUUAGAGCGUAUUCUAAUGCGAAGUAUUCUGCUGAAUGUAUUUCAUUAAGGAAUGUUAAUAUUCAAAUACUGUGGAGUUUAUGUAUGUUUAUAUGCUCUAUGUGUGCUUAUAUAUUUCUUUUUGUGAAAUAAAGUAAGAGGUUAUAACGUAAUACUUGAAUUAUACACUCAGUUUCCUGAGUGUGUGUAAAGACUGAAUGUAAAUAAAAAACAAUUCAAUGUGAUUUUAUUCCAGAA